GAAUCCAUUCAGCUGUCAGUGUGAGGCAGCAGCACUUAGAGUCAGUCCACUCUGAAUGUGCCACUCGGUACAGACGGGCGAUUCCUCAUCUCUCUUCAGUUCAGGAUGGCAAAAUAACACGGUGAAGGCGGAGAUAUCAGCAUCUGCGUAUAUGGGAGCUUGUAUUUACAACCAAGUUUAGUUUCCACUAGAGUUCAACACUCUAGAAACACGCUUGUAAGUGCGUAUUGGGAAAUGAAAGUGAAGCGAUCGGAGAUGUGGAGAGCCGCUGUCCUGCUGCUGUUAACCGGCUGCGUGUGCGCGAGUGUGCCCGAGGAGCCCGCGGACAGAGCGGUUCCAUCUGACGGCUAUUGCAGCUGGAUAACGCGGGCUCAGCCUCACGGAGCUGGAGGCAGGAGGGAGGGCUUCACUGAGUUCAGACUGCGAGUGGAAGGAGACCCGGAGCAUUAUCAACCCGGCAGCACUUACCGAGUAUCCCUGUAUGCAACCAACCCUGCAUACUUCAGAGGCUUUACUCUUAUCGCUCUGAAGGAAGGGUACAAUGGUGACCAAGAGGAGGAUUAUGCUGGAAAUUUCCAGAUAAUCGAUGAGGAAGACACACAGUUUAUGACAAACUGCCCUCCAGCAGUGACAGAAAGCACCCCACGCAGGAGGACCAGGAUACAGGUGUUCUGGACGGCGCCCCCAUCAGGCAGUGGCUGUGUACUGUUGAAAGCUAGUAUUGUUCAGAGGAAGAUCAUCUCAUUCCAGGAUGAAGGCUCACUCACGAAGCGGAUGUGUGAGAGAGAGCCACUUUAUGGAGAAACCACAGACAAACCCCUGCUGGACUGCUGUGCCUGUGGAACUGCCAAAUACAGAGUCACCUUCUACGGGAACUGGUCAGAAAAAUUGCACCCAAAAGACUACCCAAGGAGAGCCAAUCACUGGUCAGCCCUCAUUGGAGCUUCCCAUUCGAAAAACUAUAUAUUGUGGGAGUAUGGAGGUUAUGCCAGUGAUGGGGUCAAACAGGUCGCUGAACUGGGCUCACCGGUUAAGAUGGAGGAGGAGAUCCGUCAGAAGGGUGAUGAGGUCUUGACCGUCAUAAAGAUGAAGGCCCAAUGGCCGGCCUGGCAGCCCCUUAAUGUUCGAGCGGCUCCUUCAGCUGAGUUCUCAGUGGACCGCACACGUCACUUGAUGUCCUUUCUGACCAUGCUGGGUCCCAGUCCUGACUGGAACGUGGGUCUGUCAUCAGAGGACCUCUGCACCAGAGAGUGUGGCUGGGUCCAGAAGGUGGUUCAGGACCUCAUUCCAUGGGAUGCAGGGACAGACAGCGGGGUCACUUAUGAGUCUCCCAACAAGCCUACAACACCUCAGGAGAAAAUUCGUCCCCUCACAAGCUUAGACCAUCCACAGGGCCCUUUCUAUGACCCAGAGGGUGGCGCAAUCACUCCUGUGGCCAGAGUUGUCAUAGAAAGAAUUGCUCGCAAGGGUGAGCAGUGCAACAUUGUGCCUGAUAAUGUGGACGACAUUGUGGCUGACAUUGCCCAGGAGGAAAAAGAAGAAGAUGACACUCCAGAGACAUGUAUCUACUCCAACUGGUCUCCGUGGUCUGCGUGCAGCUCUUCGACAUGUGAGAAGGGGAAGAGGAUGAGGCAGAGGAUGCUGAAGGCACAGCUGGAUCUCAGUGUGCCCUGUCCACAUACUCAAGACUUUGAGCCCUGCAUGGGGCCUGGCUGCAGUGAUGAGGAUGCUUCCACGUGCAUGAUGUCGGAAUGGAUCACAUGGUCACCAUGCAGUAUGUCAUGUGGCGCAGGUGUGCGUUCUAGGGAGCGCUAUGUAAAACAGUUUCCUGAUGAUGGCUUUGCUUGCAUUCAUCCCACUGAAGAGACAGAGCCAUGCACUGUCAACGAGGACUGCUCUCCAAGCAGUUGCUUGGUUACUGAAUGGGGAGAAUGGGAUGCAUGCAGCGCCACCUGUGGGCUUGGCAUGAAGAGACGGGAGCGGAUGGUGAAAAUGCCCCCGUCUGAUGGCUCCAUUUGUGGGGCUGAGGUGGUGGAAGUGGAGAAGUGUAUGAUGCCAGAAUGCCAUACAAUCCCAUGUUUACUGUCCCCGUGGUCGGACUGGAGCGAUUGCAGUGUGACGUGUGGUAAAGGCACACGGAUGCGUCAACGUAUCCUCAAAUCACCUGCAGAGUUGGGAGAAUGCAACGAGGAGCUGGAACAGAUGGAGAAAUGCAUGCUGCCAGAGUGUCCGAUGGAUUGUGUGAUGUCAGAGUGGUCCGAGUGGUCCGAGUGCAGUAAAUCCUGUGGGAAGGGUCACUUGAUCCGUACUCGCAUGAUAACUUUGGAGCCUCAGUUUGGUGGGGAUCCGUGCCCUGAGACCACACAGAGAAAAACAUGCAAGAUCAAGAAGUGUAAUCAAGGAGGCAUAAACAGUGACGAAAGAAAGAGGCGCAAGGAAGACCGUAAGAAGAGGAGGAACAAACAGGGAAGGGAGGAGAGUGCCGAUGAGCUCGCAGGAUGCAAAAUGAAGCCCUGGUCUGCAUGGACUGACUGUACCAAGCUGUGUGGUGGGGGAAUCCAGGAGCGUUUAAUGACUGCCAAGAAGAGAUACAAGAAUGCACAACUAACUAGCUGUAAAGACCGAAAGGAGAUACGGGCCUGCAAUGUCCAUCCCUGCUAGGGCUGUACUUGAAUGGGCUUGUGUAAUGGGACCCAAUCUAGAUUAUGAACAGACUGCGACACACUGUCUUGCAGUAUAUUUAAUGCACUCUGUUUGGGAUUGGAAAGCUGCAACAGGUAGUCUGAUAUUUUUACUUUUAUUUUCUAGAAUUUAUAGUGACCCAGGCAUUGUCUAGCCUGUAAAGGAAUGGGAAACCAAAAGGGAGGGGGCUCAGAGUUGCAAUGUACUGUACAAAUUCAGACGUAUUAAUAUGCAUUAGUAUUUGAGAGUAACAGUCCUCUAUGAAGCUUUGAAGAGGGGAGUUCUUUUGAAGAUUGAUUUUUCACAAGCAGGACCAUGGCGUAUUAAAGAUUAAUGUGUUCUGACAUGAAAUGCAAAACAAAUUUCUCCUUUUAUACUCUGAUCCAAACACUCACACAUACAAAAGAAUAGCAUCCUUCCAAAAGAAAUGACUUUUGAAAUCACAGUCUUAAGUGUCAGAGGUUCAAAAACAUCAUGUGAUGUGAGCGAUUUAAUUUUUUCCCUUGCUAUCACAUGAACAGGUCAGAGGAAACGCUGACAGGUACCCAUGUUCACUUUUACCCUAUAAUCAAAAUCAUCAGAAGAUCUACAUUUAGAUGCAUGCAAACCAUUCAUUCAGGACAUCUGAAAUGCUGUGGCCAUAAAUAUCCAAGGUUUUGAAGUUUUUAUUGCUGUUAUAUAUAUGAAGAGAUGCAAUAGCCUCUAAGUGCUGUUUGACAUUUUCUUCUAAAACAAGCAUUUUUUUUUUUUUUUUUAUCAGGUUCCUAUUUGUAGAUUCAGUAAUUUCAAAUUAAUGGCAAUUAAUAGGUUCUUGUCAUUGCUAUUAAAGCAAAAUAACUGAACAUAAAUAUAGGAGCCUGCAGAGAAAAAUGCUCAUUUUAGAAGAAAACUUCAGACGGCACUUAGAGGCUUUUGCAUCUGAACUAGGUAUUAGUAUGUAACAUUAGGUACAACAAAAUAUACAAAAACUAACGAAAAUCCUAAAUUUGUACAUUUUAAUAGACACUGAAACGUACAAUAUGGGCAUAUUGACAACAUCUAAACUGUAAACACUAUUACAUAUUUACACCUACAGAAGUGUAACAUAUUUUCAAAUCUUUUAUCAUAACUAUAUUUGUAUAGUUGCAUUUUUACCAUUUUAUAGAUAUGUUUUAAAUCUCUUGACCUACCCCAAACCUAAACAUAAGUAUAACAGGCCGAUGAGUGUAAGCACCAUAACACUGUAUAUUUAUUGUUAAAACAUCAAAAAGGCAGCACCAAAGCAGUCCACAUGGCUAAUGUGUUUCUCUGUUUCUUGCUGAAAAUCUUAUUCCAAUAUACUCUGUGAAGGUGCGCAUAUUUCGUUCAAAAGCAUAUAAUCAUUUUAAGGUUUUAAAGUGUAUUUUUUUUAUGAGCCAACUUUGUUUAAUGCGAUCGAAAACAUAAUCUGAUCAUAUAUGUAAAAUCAAACAAUUAAUUACAUACAUUUAGAUGCUAUUAAUACAUCAGUAUUGUACGUUUUAUUGUGUGUGCAAAUGGUAGAACAACACUUUACAGUACGUAAAGUAAAAAUACUCACGAGAUCAUGUUGAUAUACUGCACAAUUUCUUGCAAAAUUGUUUACUUGCAUCUAAAGAGGGCUAUUCUGCUUUGACAUUCUAAAUAAAUUUUACUUUUUAUUUCAUUAAGCUUUUCAAUAUACAGUGGCCCAAAAAAUGUUUUGACAUCCGAAGUCACACUUGAAAUGUUUGAUUUUUCAUUGCACUGGAAGUUCAAACCAAAUGGCAUUUGAAAACAAAUGUCACAAAAGUACAAGUACACACAAGUAGCAGAGCAAACUUUUGAAAAUGUUUAAUAAUUUAAAUCCUGACAGACAUGUUGAAAAAUGUGCUUGUGCAAAGGUUUGUGUGUGUGUGUGUGUGUGUUUGUGCCAACAUGAUCUCACAGAAUUCCAUGUAAUGACCACGGACUAAAUUAACCCCCGAAUCUGUGGUGGCAUCACGGAAUCGCCGAAAAUUCCGUGAUGGGCUCACAGAAGUGAUACCAAUGUAAGUCAGUGACAGGCAACAGCCGUGCUCCACGCACGGAUCCACUGGUUCAACACUUUAAAUGGGAAACCCUUAGCAUCAAUAUGCCGACGUCAUCAUUAUUGUUCAGAACUGGGUAGGUUUAGGGUAGGGGUGGGGUCAGGUACUUCAGUGAAAGUAUAAAUUUAUAUACAAAAUAUAACUGCAUCGGAGUCACUCUUUUUACGUGGUCCGAUGCAGCGCUGGUGUUGCACCAGUGAAUCCGUGCAUGGACCACGGCUGAUGCCUUCUGUGAGCCCAUCACGGAAUUUUGGGCAAUUCCGUGAUGCCACCACAGAUUCGGGGUUAAUUAAGUCCGUGGUCAUUGCACGGAAUUCUGUGAGAUCAGGUUGGUUUGUGCAAUAACAAUCAUACAUUUUAAGUAUGUUUUCACUGUCUUGAUGUUUUGGGGGAACACCGCAGCACUAAAUAUUACUUUCAAAUAAAGAGGAGAAAAAUAUUAAUAAGAGAUGUCAGAAACAGAUCUUUAGAUUUCAUAGCAGUCUUCCUUCCAGCAUAACAUUUGUGCACUACAAGAGAAGGGAAAGCCAUUUAAAAUCCAAGAUUGAUUUACUUAAAGUCUAUAUGAUGUACAGGUAACAUCUGCAGUUAAGUCAAGACACUGGGCAAAAAAUCAAGACCUAGUCACUUAUACUUUGUCCGUAUAUUUGACCUUUUGUAAAUCAAAAGGCUAUAGAGCUGGUAAUAUGUUUGAUUUUAAUAUGUUCUUUGCCCAGAAAUAUUGCCAUGUUUGCAAACCAGCUUUACUUACUUUUACAAGAUUAAUGUAAAAUAGUUGUGGGAAAAUAUACUAUUCUUGAGUAAAGAUAAUGGCCAUAAGCCAGUUCAAAUAAGUAAUGGAACUGUUGUAUCCUGUGAUGAUUUUUUUGGUGUGUAAUUUUAAACUAAAAGCACAUAUAAUCAGCCAUUCCAGGAUGUUCUAUGUCUCAUGUAUGAAAUGAAUGCUGUCUAGGAUCCACUGAUCUGUUAUGAUUUUGUUCCCCACUGUAAGACAUGUAGACAGCAUUUACCCAAAAUUUGUGUUAAUUUGUUGGAUUUUUAUUUGCUUUGGUUUUAUCAACCCUUCUGAUAAUGCCCUUUUUAUAAGAAAUUAUUAUUACCAAAGUCUUGCGUAGAUGUUUUGUAGUCGUCUCUCUUCCUUGUUGCUCCUCUGACAUGAUUCAUACUUUUUGAAUAUUUCACCUUUACAAUAAA